CGGUGAUGCAAGCAGCGUUCUGAGACCUCCCAUCCAUCGCUACAUAAACCGGCCUUAACCCCUUGCAAGCAAUCACACCUCCUGCCCUUUUCUCUCUCUUCGACGUCGGACACGAUGAGCUCUGCUGCUGCAAUCCCGAAGUCCCCCCCGUCGCCCGGUGUCGGCGCGCGUCGCAAAGGGCCGAAGACGCUCCCCAAACUCCCCCUCUCUGCAUUCUCGCCGCCAAACUCUGGCACGUCGGAGAAGUUCCCCUUGCCGCCGAGUCCGAGUGCGGUGCACCCUGAGACUAUCGUGGAUGCUGAGAUCGUUGACGUGAGCGCAUGGAAGAAAGAUAGCGGUGAGGAGCUGGGUGGUAAGAUAAGCGGACUCGUGCUAUCCCUGAAGGAUAAGGGGAGUGAAGAGGCGGAGAAGAUUGUUGACCAACUGGAGACUACUGUGGAAGGCAUCCCGGUCAUCGCCGCCCUAGUUCCGUUCACCCUCGAAGAUGGCGUCCCAGCGAGCGCACCAUCCUACCUCACAAAACCGAGCAAGGUCCCCGUCGCACUGUCCACAUCCUUCUCCACCCCCACCGCGCACUGCGUGUCCGCGCUAUCCUGGGCGCUCAGCCAAGAUCGCGUCGUCGACAUCAGCGUCCAGACGGACCUGCAGAACGGCGAGGCCGGCUGGGAGACUCUCGAGGACUUCAUGACGAAGUCAACGGCAGAGCUCGUCGGCAAGGGCACUAUUGUAUUGUCCAAUAUCCUCCCCCCGCCACUUGACCUCUCGUUACCGCUUGUGAAGCUCCUCACACACUACACAUAUCGUGCAUUCCAGUCGCACACUGCCGCGAUCUCGCUGUUUCCGAACGUAUACGUGAAGUACCUCCCGCCAGCUUGGGAAACCGAUGCAAAGUCUCUUGACGAUGCGCAGCUGAAGGAGUGGAAGCGCCGUAUUAAGAUGUAUCUCGGCCACGCCAUCGAGGCCUUCGGCCAAGAACGUAUAAUAUUCGGCUCCUCCCCAGCGCACCCGUCUCUGCCGUCCGGGACGUGGUACGAGCUGGCUAGGGAGUCCCUGGCUGAGCUGGGUAUUGAGCAGGAAGGCAUCGACGCAGUGUUCGGCGCCAAUGCCAAGAAAGUGUAUGGUGGAUCUUCGUGAUCUCGUGGAGUUGUCUGCGAGGUUGAAAAUAGUAUGAAGUUAGUGUACUGUAUUCUGUUCGGUGUCUGGGUGCGUUUUCUCUGCUGAUUGGUUUGGUAGUGUAACCAAGGCAUGGUAACAUAUAUCGUAAAGCUCGAUAUAUGGGUAGAGAUGCGAAGUAUUCGAG